AACCCUUAGCUCAUAUCAAGCCUCUUCAAUUCCCACUCUCUUAUCCUCUGCUUAGCUAUACACUUAAUUAUAUAUCAAUGGGUGUUCCAGCAUUCUCACUUCUCUUCUUCUUUUUAAUUAGCUUUUGCUUCCGUGGUACUUUUGCUGAUUAUGGAGGCUGGCAAAAUGCUCAUGCCACUUUCUAUGGAGGGGGUGAUGCAUCGGGCACAAUGGGGGGUGCUUGUGGAUAUGGAAAUUUGUACAACCAAGGGUAUGGUACUAACACAGCAGCACUAAGUACAGCACUAUUCAACAAUGGUUUAACUUGUGGGGCUUGUUAUGAGCUCACGUGCAGCAAUGAAGCUCAAGGGUGUACCAAGGGGACUAUUACAGUCACAGCAACAAACUUUUGCCCUCCAAACCCAUCAUUGCCCAACAACAAUGGUGGUUGGUGCAACCCUCCUCUCCAGCACUUUGAUUUAGCACAGCCUGCUUACUUGCAAAUUGCCAAAUACAAAGCUGGAAUUGUCCCUAUAUCUUUCCGAAGGGUACCCUGCAUGAGAAAGGGAGGAAUAAGGUUUACAAUAAAUGGACACUCUUUUUUCAACUUGGUUUUGGUAACAAAUGUUGGGGGUGCUGGUGAUGUUCAAACAGUUUCAAUUAAAGGGUCCAAUACUGGAUGGCAAACAAUGUCAAGAAAUUGGGGCCAAAACUGGCAAAGCAAUUCCAAUCUCAAUGGCCAGACUCUUUCAUUUAAAGUCACUACAAGUGAUGGAAGGACUCUCAUUAGCAACAAUGCUGCACCAGCUAACUGGCAAUUUGGCCAAACUUUUGAAGGGUCUCAAUUUUAAUUACUAUUUUUACCUUCACAAAAUAUAAAAAGCAAAAAGGAAAAAUAGAGGUUUUUCAACUUCUUAUUUGAAAGCUCCUCAUGGGGGAGUUUGGCUCUAUUGCUGUGGUGGCUGGUUUGCACCCGCUUAGGCCCUAUAGUAGAUACAAUUGAAUCUUGAGUUGGAAUUUUUACAACUUUUGUAUUUUAUCCUUUUUAAAGAUAUUCAAUUGGUGGCCAUUUAUGGAUUUGAAGGCCACUUUUGAAUAUCACAUAGAUUUGUUUACUAGUCCCUAUAUUCAUUGUGUAAGCAGAAAUUGGGCAACUUAAUGUGAUCAUGUUAUCCUUUCUUAUAA